GCCGGGCGAGCGCCAUGGGCCCGGCCCGCCGCAGGGCCGCGCUCCGCCUGCGCGGCGGAGGGUUCUCCGUGUUCCCGUUGUUCUGCCUGGCGCUGCUCCUGGGCUUCGCCUCCCUGCUCUGGCUCCAGCUCAGCUGCUCGGGCGAGGGGCCGGCCCCCGGCGGCGGGCAGAGCAGGGGGGCUCCCCUGCAGCCCUGCCCGCCCCAGGCCCCUCUGCCGCCGGUGGAGGAUGAGCCGUCGUGGGGUCCCCAUCGCCUGGCGCUGCUCGUCCCCUUCCGGGAGCGCUUCGAGGAGCUGCUGACCUUUGUGCCCUACAUGCACCGCUUCCUGAGCACCAAGAGAAUCCGGCAUCACAUCUUCAUCCUCAACCAGGUGGAUCAUUUCAGGUUUAACAGAGCAUCCCUGAUCAAUGUGGGCUUCCUGGAGAGUGGCAACGACACCGACUACAUUGCAAUGCACGAUGUUGAUCUCCUGCCCCUCAACGAGCAGCUGGACUACAGCUUCCCAGAGGCAGGACCCUUCCACGUGGCAUCCCCGGAGCUACAUCCGCUCUAUCACUAUAAGACGUAUGUGGGUGGCAUCCUGCUGCUCACCAAGCAGCACUACGAGAUGUGCAACGGCAUGUCCAACCGCUUCUGGGGCUGGGGACGGGAGGAUGAUGAGUUUUAUCGACGUAUCAAAGGAGCUGGUCUCCAGGUUCGCCGUCCCUCUGGAAUCACAACUGGAUAUGAGACUUUCCAGCACCUGCAUGACCCAGCCUGGAGGAAGAGAGACCAGAAGCGUAUUGCUGCACAGAAGCAGGAACAGUUCAAGGUGGAUCGGAAGGGAGGACUCAACAAUGUGAGGUACCGAAUCGAGUCACGGACAGCUCUGAGUGUGGCAGGAGCCCCUUGCACUGUCCUUAAUGUCUUGUUGGACUGUGACACAAAUGAGACCCCUUGGUGCACAUUUGGCUGAGCCAGUUGUGUCACUGUGCUUGAGCCGAGAUGUCGGGGCUGCUGCCCAGCUGCUUGGACAAAGCAGGAUCUUUGCAGCGGCUGCUUGUGGCGGUGCUGGCGAGAUGCAGAGGAACAGAAAAGGCCAAGAACUGGGCUUUGCUGGGUCUGACAGAAGAGGCUGAGAGCAGGACUCAGUGGCAUUGCUGCAGACAUUGGUGCUGCCUCCCAGGGCAGGUGCAGGAGGCUGUUUUCCCUCUCUGGACAUGGCUGAGCUGCCACCCAGUUCAGAGGACAAUAAAGAACUAUCAGGGCA